GGUCUUGGCCACCCAACCUUACUUUACUUUUACCAGUUCACGGCCACACCCUCGUUUUUCUCUGCUUCCCGAACCGCGUCGUUCUCUAAACCUAGCAGGCAAGCGCAAGCAACCUCCCUUGGUCGCUCUCGCUCACUACCCGCCCCGCCGUACCGCGUCCCGGCCACGUCCCCUCCGCCCCGAUGUCGCCGGACCUGCCGAAACCGCCCUGCCACAGCAGCGACGACGACGACUGCCCCUCUCCUCCAUCCUCCGAUGGCAGCCGGCACCUGGUCACCCCGCUCGUGGUCACUGCGUUCGUCCUCGUCUUCCUCUCUCUCGUGUCCCUGUCCAUCUACUGCUUCAUCCGUCGCAGGAGGCGCCGGCGCCGGCAGCAGUCCCUUCUCUCCGCCGGGGCUGCCAACCCCGGCGCCCAGGGCGACGGCCCCGCCGCCGUGAUGGCUGGCGCCGCGACUGACGUCCAAGUGGGCGCUGCAGACCCAGAGGAUGAAGAAGUCGUGCACCACGCGUGGCACAUCCGCACCGUGGGGCUGGACGAGGCGGCGAUCGAGUCCAUCGCGCUCACGCGGUACCGCGCCGGCGCGGGGACCCUUGGCGGCGCCGCCGACUGCUCCGUCUGCCUCGGCGAGUUCCUGGACGGCGAGCUCCUCCGGCUGCUCCCCAAGUGCGGCCACGCGUUCCACGUCCCCUGCAUCGGCACCUGGCUCCGCGCCCACGUCAGCUGCCCGCUCUGCCGCGCCGACGUCGUCGUCUUGGGCUCGGCGGCCAACGGCGGUUCGGAGCCACCUGCCGACGACGCUCGACAGGUCUCUGAAACCUUGAGUCACGAGCAGCCGGGUCCGGCUCAAGGGCAGAACGAGCAGCAAGAGCUGCGCGUACAGAUCGAUCGGCGCAACCGGCCGAGGUCGCCGGAGCCACAGCGCAGGAGGAUGCAGACUUUUCGCCGCGUGGCUUCCAUGGACUUGUCGGUGGUGUCCGCCCGGGCCGGGCUGGUUCCUGAAGACAAGCGGAGCAGUACAGAAAACCAGGGGAGCGGUGACGCUGCCGGGGGCGAGGUGCCAUCGGGCUCUGGACGUUUGCGGUAUUUGUCCGGCGGUGGUCGGCGGUCUCUCCUCUCGGGACAUCGCCGCACGAGCAGCUCCAUGCUUCCGUCUUGACUUCCACGGGUCGCGUGAGCCCGUACGUUCUUGAGAUUGAGCAGUGCCAGUGCUAGUUAUGCUUCCGUGUACACAAAUUGCAAACUCAAAAUGCCUGGUUACAUGUCAGAUAUAGCCGAAUCAUGUGUGGAAUUCAGAUGUAAUGUCGGAACUUUGUUUUUUCAGAGACUGAUGGUCUGCUGCCAGAGUUUCAUAGUGGUCUAUGGUAUUGCUUGGUGCGUUUUAGGGUCGACAAUGCUACACCUUUUUUGACAAUCAUCUCAUCCUUUAUUCAUUCAUGACUAUCGUGGCAUCGGUUACAAUAAAAAGAAUUACCGCCUCAGGUGCGGAUUCUUACCAGAAGUUCGGAGUACAAAACCUAGCAAUCCUAGCUAGUUCACGAGUGACCUUAUUUCUCUCUCUAUUACAAUGUUCAAUAGAACACAUGUUUUUUCUUUCUUUCUUGAUUUCGAAAAUGCUACACCUAGGUAAACCUACUUCCUAACAAACCUCUCCACCCCUUGAGUUCAAGUGGGUGGGCCCCUCUUCUCUAAUUUCGUCCAACAGAAAAAUGCCAUGUAGAUCAUUAUGUUUAUCACGUAAAACUGUUUAUGCAUGGAUAGCACUACUGAUUUUAGGUUACCCCUCACUAGUAGAAAA